UGGCUGAAGAGCCUGGACCCCAACCACCUCGUCACGGUCGGGGAGGAGGGCUUCUGGGGCCCGGGGAGCCCCCAAGCCCAGAACAACCCGCAGCCCUCCAGCAGUGAGCCGGGCUGGGGCCGUGGGUGUUGGGCCCAAGCCACCGGCCAGGACUUUGUCCCCAACCACUCCAUCGACUCGAUUGACUUUGCUGGCAUCCACAUCUGGCCAGAUAACUGGAACAUCACUGAGCAGGCCUUCUUGCAGCGCUGGAUUGACACCCACAUGGCGGCCGCUCGCGACAUGAACAAGCCGCUGAUCAUCGAGGAGUUUGGGAAGAACGUG